GCACAUCAUAUUGAAAUACAAUUAAAUAUUAAAAAUAUAUCAAAGCAGUAAUUUUCAGGUUUUUAUUUAAAUAAUCUAUUUUAUUUAUAAAAUUUGGAAAAGUUUUUUGUCCGGACAUGUCUGUGAAAACGUUUGGGCAUAGUUUUUCGGAAACAAGUCGCAAAUCUGUUCUUGCAAUUGAAAAAUCUCAUUCUUAUAAUCGAAGUUAUAACAGAUCUUUUCAAAAAUUCAACUUAAUUAAAUGUCAUUUUGUUUAUCAUGGUUUAAAAAAAUAUUCUUGUAAUUUAUGCUAUGAAAGAUUUUCUCGUAAAUGUUAUUUGAUGCUACACUAUCGUGUUCAUUCUGGUGGAAAACCUUAUUCUUGUAGUCUGUAUAGAAAGAAUUUUUCAAGAAAAUUUAAUUUAAUUAGUCACAACUUUAAUCUUACUGGUGAAAAAUCUCACUCUUUUAUUGAUAAACCAUAUUCCUGUGUCAUAUGUCAUAAAAGUUUUGUUGAAAAAAGUGCUUUAGCAACACAUAGCCUUGAUCACACUGCUGAGAAACCUUAUUAUUGUAUUGCAUGCAAUAAGAGUUUUACACAAAAAGGUACAUUAAAUAGACACAAUCGUAUUCACACAGAGGGUAAACCUUAUUCUUGUAGUAUAUGUCAGAGAAGCUUUACAACAAAAAGUGCAUUAAUAAAACAUAACCUUGUUCAUAGUGGUGUAAGAAAUUAUUCAUGUAUCAUAUGUAAUAAGAGGUUUGCAACAAAUUCUGCUUUAAAUGAGCACAAUCUUGUUCAUACAGGGGAAAAAUCUUAUUUUUGUAGAGUAUGUAAUAAGGGUUUUUUAAGAAAAAGUGAUUUAACAACACAUAGCCUUGUUCAUACUGGUGAAAAACCUUAUUCUUGUACUGUAUGUAAUAAGAGUUUUGCAAGAAAGAGUGACUUAAGAACUCAUUCCCUCAUUCAUACUGGCGAAAAACCUCAUUCUUGUAAUAUUUGUUUCAAGAAUUUUGCAAGAAAAAGUGACUUAAGAAUACAUGUCGUCAUUCAUACUGGUGAAAAACCUUAUUCUUGUAGUGUAUGUACUAAGAGUUUUGCGAGAAAAAGUGAUUUAAGAACACAUACACUCAUUCAUACUGGUGAAAAACCUUAUUCUUGUACUGUAUGCUAUAAAAGUUUUGCAAGAAACAGUGCAUUAACAGAACAUAGCUUGCUCCAUUCUGGCGAAAAAUAUUAUUCUUGUAAUGUAUGUCAUAAAAGUUUCUCAAGAAAAGGUAAUUUAAAAACGCAUACCUUCCUUCAUACUGGUGAAAAACCUUAUUCUUGUACUGUAUGUUAUAAGAGUUUUUCAAGAAAAAAUGAAUUGAAAACGCAUACCUUCAUUCAUGCUGGUGUUGAAAAUCCUUAUUCUUGUGGUAUAUGUCAGAAGAGUUUAACAACAAGCAGAGCAUUAUUAAAACAUAGCUUUCUUCAUACUGGUGAAAAACCUUUUUCUUGUAUUGUAUGUUAUAAAAAUUUUACAACAAAUGAUGCAUUAAAUAGACACAAACGUAUUCACACAGGGGAGAAACCUUAUUCUUGUAGUGUAUGUCAGAGGGGUUUUACAACAAACUGUAUGUUAACUAAACAUAUUGUUGUUCAUACUGGUGAAAAAAAUUAUUCAUGUAGUAUAUGCAAUAAAAGGUUUUCAGCUAAUAGUUCAUUAAAUAGACACUAUCGUAUUCAUAGCAGGUGAUAAACUUUAUUCUUGAAGUGCAAGUAAUAUUUAAGAAAAUGUUAUUUCACAGGACAUGACUUAGUUCGUAUUGAUGAAAGCCUUAUUCCUAAUAUGUUUUUUAUGUGAGUUUCGCACGAAACAGUGCAUUAACUGAGCGCAACCUUGUCCAUUUUGGGGAAAGAUCUUAUUAUUCUUAUAGUGUUUGCAAUAAGGGUUUUGCUAAAGGAUUUGUCUUAACUUCAUUUAACCAUAUCCAUAGUGGCAAAUCACUCAGUUUUAGUAUGCAUGUAUUAAAUGCUUUUCUAAUAAGAGGCCAUUGAAGGCUCAUGAUCUCACUUGUGUCUAUAUAUGUUGUGUGGAUCUCUCAUCAAAGUGAUUCAAUUAUGAUAAGAGUUUUAACUCUUAAUUAAUAUAAAAGUUAUGAUAAAAAAUAAUAAGAGUUUUUCUCAAAAUAUUAAUUUAAAUGUACUUAUUGUCAUACAUGCUGUCUAAAUAGUAUAUAAUGUCUCUUAUGUAUUGUAUGCAGUUCAUGUCUAGGGCCCCGCGCGCUUAAUCCAGCCCUGAUGUCGUGUAAUACAUUAAUAGGGUUGGUGGUAAACUAAAAUGCUAUACAAAGUCUCUCUUAUUAUAUUACAUUAGUCACACAAAUUUAAUUUGGUUUUGCAAGAAUUAAGUUAGUUGGUCCCAAUAAUAAUUUUGAAGAUUUAAUUUUUAAUGCAUGCAGAAAUAUAACUUUUUUUUACUUCAGAUGAAUAUUUAUUC